AUUGCCCCGAUUCGGGGGCGAUGGCUAUGGCGAUGGCGCGAUGGGGAUAAGCUUGGGAUUCGAUGUGGCAAUGGUGAGCCGACGAGAUACUGCCGUGAUCAUGCAAGGUAUGCUAGAGAGCUUUUGUUGUUCUGGCAUUGAUUCUAUUCCGUAAGGUGAAGUGUUUUAGGGCAAUGUGACUGGGAUAGUUCGCAAGGACAUUAGAGCGAUGAAAAUCCAUCACAAUAUCGUGGAGGGUGUUUAGAUGGAUUUUCAUCCUUCGGAUGUCUUUGUUUAGCUUUUCCAGCGGAUUUACUGUAAUUUGGAGCUUCGCACAAGCUUUGUUAUCAAGGCAUCUGCGAGGUAUGGUGAGGUACUUUGUAGAUUUGUGUGCCUGUUGGUACCAACAAUUUUAAUAGCUUUUUACUCUCUUGAGAAACAGCUACGUCUCUAUGUCUCACUCACGCACUCUUUUUGCCUGGUGAGCUGAGGAACUUGUGGCAAUUAUUAUAGCUGGAACUUACGUUUCCACUGGUUUUUGCGGGGAUCCCUAAUGCGUUUGGGUGCUUGAGAACUAUUUCUUUCCACAGACGAGGUAAGCAUAUAGAUCUUACAGUACUGAUGUCUUCUUUGGGACAGCUAACGAGCUCCACAUGCCAGGCCAAGUGGUACUUGCUGCGCUCAUUUACAUCCAAACUAUAUGCCUCGGUCGUGAAGAAAUAUUUCAUAGCGCGACUGAAGCACCGAUGCUCGUCCCUUGUCCGGGGGCGCCCGAAAGAAAGAAAGUAUCUGCUCAGCACGCUUUUCACGUCCCAUGGCGGAUCAAGGCGCAGCGCCCCUCAACUCGACAUGGAUACUCGACGGCUCCUCGUCGCGCAUUGUCCUCUCAGUGCCCGAUGCAAAGUUCCCAGUUUUCGCCGGCUUUCUCCCCACUUGCGACCACUGCCCCAGGCCCCGGUAUUACUUCUCGGUCUUCUUCCAGGAUCCGAGCUCCAACCAGAGCACGCAGGUUGUAUGGCGAGCAGGCCUCCCGAUUUCCGAAGGUGGUAUGCUCAGCUUGACCGCAGAUGGAAACUUGGUGCUAUACAGAGAUGGCCAUGCGAAGAGUCCAGUGUGGUCGACAGGCACCGCCAGGAAAGGAGUCCUAGAAAUGAGGCUAGACUAUACCGGCAACUUGCUGCUCAACAAGGCCAAAUAUGAUGGCACCGCCUGGCAGAGCUUCCGGAACCCGACCGACGCGCUGCUGCCGACGCAAAAUCUAGAGUCAGGAACGAGCAUGGUUUCUAACAGCGUCCAAGAGGCGGAGGGGUUCCAAGGCUACUUCACGCUCGAGGUGAGAGUCUCGGAAAUAGUGAUGACCGCCCAGGCGCCGGUGGCGCCUCAAAUCUACAAACUGUGGAGAAAUCCGAGUAGCCUCGACGUGGGUGACAUGUCUCUCGAGUCUGGCUGCCAGCUCAAGAUCUACACCACAGACGGGCAGCCCUGCUGGUCGACGCCAUCUUUUUGUAUCGACUCGACAACGCUGGAGGUGCUGAGGAUACACCCCGACGGGACAUUGCGCUAUGACAACCAGCCCGAAAAAGCCUCGGUGUAUCUCAACGCGUUGCUCUUCGAUGACGUAGAGGCUGUAAGCAUCGGGGCUUGCGGGAAGAAGAGCGUCUUCGACGUGGAAACCAGGAAGUGUGGCUGUCCGCUGCUACAAGGCGAGAGAUCAUACUUCCAGCAGCUUGAUCCGGCCGAUGCUUCCAAAGGGUGCCAGCCUUGGGAGCCGGAGGACCCGUGUGACGGACUGUAUAACUCGUCAAACCACGUCAUGCUCCAAGCGGCUGGCUUCUACAACUACGCGCCGCUGCGAUUCAUGGCAGCCAACGAGGGAGACUCGUGCGUGAGCUCCUGCUUGGAGGACUGCGCUUGCAAGGCGGCGUUUGUCUCUAGCAACUCGUCCGCGACGUGCUUCCGAGUGACCGAGUUCUACACGCUGCGCGGCAGCAGCUACAACACAACGCCGUCGUUCAAAGCGUUUCUCAAGGUUGAAAAGAAGAGACCAUCCGCUCCAGAGAUAAUCGUCAAGCCUCAAGUCAGACCCCCUACCGGCGGCUGGAGCUCCAACGUCCAAGCCAUCCUCAUUGGCGUCUUCAUGCUGCUCUUGGCGAUGGCGACGGCAAUGGUGACGUUCAUCACUUUCUACUGGAAGAGAGCUAGCGACGCUGUGGACCAGGGCCAGGCUUUGUCGUCCGAGCUACCUCGGCCCUUCUCGCUGCACGAGCUGGAGGUGGCGACCGAGAAGUUUAGCAGGGAGAUCGGGAGCGGGGGAUUCGGAUCGGUCUUCGAAGGUGUUCUUGCGGACGGGAGCCGGGUGGCCGUGAAGCGCGUGAGCGACUCCAAGCAAGUCCACAAGUUGUUUGAAGCCGAGGUGGUGGCCAUCAUCAGCAUCCACCACAAGAACUUGGUGCGGCUCCGGGGAUUUUGCUGCCCGAACUUGCUCGUCUACGAGUUCGUCGCCAAUGGUUCUCUCGACCGCUGGCUGUUUGAUGACGACAAGUUCCUGGACUGCGAUGCCAGAUACUCGAUCGCUCUCGACAUCGCUCGGGGACUGUCCUACCUCCACGACGGAUGCCGGACGAGGGUGCUACACUUGGACAUCAAGCCGCAGAACAUACUGCUGGACGAGAAAUUUCGAGCAAAGAUCUCCGACUUUGGGCUCUCGCGGCAAGGCGAGCUUCAAGCGGUGGACGAGAUGGUCAUCCGGGGGACUCCGGGAUACAUGGCUCCGGAGUGGCUCCACUUCCAGAUUAGUGACAAGCUCGACACUUACAGCUUUGGAGUGGUGGUGCUGGAGAUGGUCACUGGCAAGCCUGCGUGCUCUCCUUGCGGAUCGAAGUUCCUGGCUGGAGGAGUUCUUGAGAUGUCUCAAAAAAGGCCAGUAGUGGAGAUCAUGGACAAGAGGAUGAACUUUUCUUCACAAUGUUUCAAGAAGAUGGAGAAGCUGCUGAGAAUUGGAUUGUGGUGCGUCCAGAGUGAUCCCGGCCAGAGACCAUCGAUGGGAUAUGUCACGAAAAUGCUGGAGGGAUCCUUGGAAACAGUGGACGCUCCUCCAAUCCCUCCCAAAUCUCGCGCCGGGAAGGAGGAGGCAAUCGACAUGAGAUCGUGCUCUUUGAGUGACAUUGUGAGAGUUCAUGUAGAUCAACGGCUGUAAUUCAAAUGGGAAGCGCGCGCCAUAUUAUCGA